GGACAACUCCUCAUCCCUGUGACCGAAAAAACAGGCAGGGAGACGGUGGGGUGGAGUACAGGAAGCCGCUAUCCCUGAGUAGCUGAACAUGGGCGAAAUCUAAUAACUACACCAAUCACUGCUUCUUUUUUUCCUUCCCUUCGGAACUAGAGGCUGCGGGAGAGCUGUGAUAUUUAUUUUUUUUCCUGGAUUGAAUCGGAGAUUUAACCGAACAGCGAGAAGAUGUCUCGGGGAGUGAUCCAGCCCAGCCAGCAGAAACUGGCAGAAAAACUCACCAUCCUCAACGACAGAGGCAUCGGGAUGUUGACCCGUGUUUACAAUAUCAAAAAGCAAGGACAAGUUUGGAAGGCAUGCGGCGACCCCAAGGCUAAGCCCUCCUAUCUCGUUGAUAAGAACCUGGAGUCAGCGGUUAAAUUUAUCGUCAGGAAGUUCCCUGCUGUGGAGACGCGCAAUAAUAACCAACAGCUGGCUCAGCUGCAGAAGGAGAAGUCAGAGAUCCUGAAGAACCUGGCUCUCUACUAUUUCACCUUUGUAGAUGUCAUGGAAUUCAAGGACCAUGUGUGUGAGCUGCUGAACACUAUCGACGCCUGCCAGGUCUUCUUUGAUAUUACGGUGAACUUUGACCUGACCAGGAACUACCUGGACCUGGUGGUGACUUACACCACUCUGAUGAUAAUACUGUCUCGCAUAGAGGAGAGGAAAGCCAUCAUAGGACUGUACAACUACGCUCACGAGAUGACACAUGGAGCCAGUGACCGGGAGUACCCCAGGUUGGGCCAGAUGAUUGUGGAUUAUGAAAACCCUUUGAAGAAGAUGAUGGAGGAGUUUGUUCCACACGGAAAGUCGCUGUCAGAUGCGCUGAUCAGUCUUCAGAUGGUCUACCCCAGGAGGAAUCUGUCCGCUGACCAAUGGAGGAACGCCCAGCUGCUCUCUCUCAUCUCUGCCCCCUCCACCAUGCUCAACCCCGCUCAGUCAGACACUAUGCCGUGUGAAUAUCUGUCACUGGACACGAUGGAGAAGUGGAUUGUUUUUGGUUUCAUCCUGUGUCACGCAGUGCUGAACAGCGACGCAGCGGCGUUGUCUCUGUGGAAGUUGGCUCUGCAAAGCUCCACCUGCCUCUGCCUGUUCAGGGAUGAAGUCUUCCACAUCCACAAGGCCGCAGAAGAUCUGUUUGUGAACAUCAGAGGGUACAACAAACGCAUCAACGACAUCAGAGAGUGCAAAGAGCAGGCCCUGUCUCACGCAGGCUCCAUGCACAGAGAGAGACGCAAGUUCCUCAGAUCAGCUCUGAAGGAGUUGGCUACUGUUUUAGCCGAUCAGCCUGGACUGCUCGGUCCUAAGGCGUUAUUUGUGUUCAUGGCCUUGUCCUUUGCCCGGGACGAGAUCAUCUGGCUGCUUCGACACGCAGACAACAUCCAGAAGAAAAGCACAGACGACUUCAUAGACAAACACAUAGCAGAGUUGAUCUUCUACAUGGAGGAGCUCAGAGCUCAUGUCAGGAAGUACGGCCCUGUGAUGCAGCGAUACUACGUCCAGUACCUGUCUGGCUUCGAUGCCGUGGUGCUGAAUGAACUGGUGCAGAACCUGUCUGUGUGUCCAGAGGAUGAGUCUAUAAUCAUGUCUUCAUUUGUCAACACUAUGACCUCUCUCAGUGUGAAACAAGUGGAGGAUGGAGAGGUGUUUGACUUCAGAGGAAUGAGGCUGGACUGGUUCAGACUGCAGGCCUACACAAGUGUCUCUAAGGCCAGUCUGGGUAUAGCUGAUCACAAGGAGCUCGGUAAAAUGAUGAACACCAUCAUCUUCCACACAAAGAUGGUGGAUUCUCUGGUGGAGAUGCUGGUGGAGACGUCAGACCUGUCUAUUUUCUGCUUCUACAGCCGUGCGUUUGAAAAGAUGUUCCAGCAGUGCCUGGAGCUUCCCUCCCAGAGCCGACACUCCAUCUGCUUCCCUCUGCUCUGCACACACUUCAUGUCCUGCACACACGAGCUCUGCCCCGAGGAGCGUCACCACAUAGGGGAUCGAAGCCUGUCGUUGUGUAACAUGUUUCUGGAUGAGAUGGCCAAACAGGCCAGAAACCUGAUCACUGACAUCUGCACUGAACAAUGUACACUCAGCGACCAGCUGCUUCCCAAGCACUGUGCGAAAACCAUCAGCCAGGCCGUGAACAAGAAGAGCAAGAAGGCGACGGGGAAGAAAGGCGAGCCGGAGAGGGAGAAACCGGGAGUGGAGAGCAUGAGGAAGAACAGACUACUGGUCACCAAUCUGGAUAAACUCCACACAGCGUUAUCUGAACUCUGCUUCUCCAUCAACUACGUUCCCAACUUGGUGGUCUGGGAGCACACUUUCACACCGAGAGAGUACCUCACCUCACACCUGGAGAUCCGAUUUACCAAGUCCAUAGUGGGGAUGACUAUGUACAACCAGGCUACUCAGGAGAUAGCCAAGCCCAGUGAGCUGCUGACCAGCGUACGGGCCUACAUGACCGUGCUGCAGUCCAUAGAGAACUACGUCACCAUCGACAUCACCCGGGUCUUCAACAACGUGCUCCUGCAGCAGACGCAGCACCUGGACAGCCACGGCGAACCCACCAUCACCAGUCUGUACACAAACUGGUACUUGGAGACGCUGCUCCGUCAGGUCAGUAACGGACACAUCGCCUACUUCCCCGCCAUGAAGGCCUUCGUCAACCUGCCCACCGAGAACGAACUGACUUUCAACGCUGAGGAAUACUCCGACAUCUCUGAGAUGCGUUCGCUGUCAGAGCUGUUGGGGCCGUACGGUAUGAAGUUCCUCAGCGAGAGUCUGAUGUGGCACAUCUCAUCACAGGUCGCAGAGUUGAAGAAACUGGUGGUGGAGAACAUGGAGGUUCUGACCCAGAUGAGGACGAGCUUUGACAAACCAGACCACAUGGCUGCGCUCUUCAAGAAGCUCACCUCUGUGGACAGUGUUUUGAAGAGGAUGACCAUCAUUGGAGUCAUUUUGUCCUUCCGCUCCCUCGCUCAGGAAGCUCUGAGAGAUGUGUUAUCCUGUCAUAUUCCUUUCCUGGUCAGUUCGGUGGAAGAUUUCAAGGACCACAUUCCCCGAGAGACGGACAUGAAGGUGGCCAUGAAUGUCUACGAGCUGUCGUCAGCAGCGGGUUUACCCUGCGAGAUCGACCCGGCUCUGGUGGUGGCUCUGUCCUCGCAAAAAAGUGAGAACAUCAGUCCAGAGGAGGAGUAUAAGAUCGCCUGCCUGCUAAUGGUGUUUGUGGCCGUUUCCCUGCCGACGCUGGCGAGCAACGUGAUGUCCCAGUACAGCCCCGCCAUCGAAGGCCACUGUAACAACAUCCACUGCCUGGCCAAAGCCAUCAACCAGAUCGCUGCUGCUCUCUUCACCAUCCACAAGGGAAGCAUAGAGGACCGCCUCAAAGAGUUCCUGGCUCUGGCCUCAUCCAGCCUGCUGAAGAUCGGCCAGGAGACGGACAAGAUGACGACACGUAACAGAGAAUCUGUCUACCUGCUGCUGGACAUGAUCGUGCAGGAGUCUCCCUUCCUGACCAUGGACCUGCUGGAGUCCUGUUUCCCCUAUGUCCUGCUGCGAAACGCCUACCACGCCGUCUAUAAACAGAGCAUCAGCGCUAAUGCAUAGAAAACACAGUAAACACACAGCAAAAGGCCCCAAUAUGCUGUCUACCAUCAGCGCAUUAGCGCUCAUGCGACAACAAACACACACUAACAGCGUACACUAGAGACAAACUAAACACUAAACUAUGCCUACAAUGCCUCAGCGUACUAUCCUGACAACGAAAACACAGUCGGCGUCGACAUGCGCACACACAAAGUGUCGACACCCGCAAAAACACCAAACGUGUAGCAUUUAAACAAGACCACACUAAAUCCAGAACAAAAUGCUGCACACUAAACUAAUAAACUCCAAUAGAAGAUGUAAAACACACACAAUUCAUUCCACAAAAGUCAAAACAGAAAAAGAAGAAACACUGAAAUUAGGCAGAAACAUAAACGCAGAUAAAACACUAGCUGGAUGAAGUUGGGGGAUCAGUGUCUUUAUUUUAAUCAUUGUACUUUUUUCAUGAUGUUGCCAGGGACCAUAACCAUAGCAACACAUAAUAUACCAUAUGUUUGGUUGGUAUAAAAGAACAAAAAUAUAAAUAUAUAGUAUAUAUAUAGUUGACACUAAAAUAUUCUCUUUUUUUGUUUGUAUUUUUUUUUUAGUUUUUUUUUUAGUUUUUUGUUUUUCAAUGGAAGAUUUGAGAUUUUUAGUGGCCGGCUGACGACUUCUAUGUGGUGAUGGAUUUGGAUGCUUUUACUUUGGGAAUGCAAAUGACUCUGAUGUGAUGUGGGUUUUUUUUUUUUGUUUUGUUUUGUUUUUCUUUUUUGCUUUUACUGACGAGGGCGGGUGAGGAUCCUGUGUUUAAUGAAAGACAUGUUGCUUGUUAAUGUAAGUUUACACUUAUACACACACACACACACACACACACACACACACACACACACACACACGGACUGACAGACAUCAUGAGCAGAUAUGGGACGUCUAACACUAAUAUUUCAGCAUUUCAUAGUGAAAACACACAGACAGACACACACUUGUAUAACAUGGUGAUGUUUUCUUUCUUUUUUCUAGCUAGUCGUAAACAAACUUUUUGUGGGUAAAGAUAUAAUAUCUGUAUUCUACUUUGAUGUGAACUGAACUCGUCUGUUUUUAAUGUUCAUGUUUUGUUAUUUUUAUGAUGACGACAAUGAUGAUGACGAAUUUGCCAAAUGUGUUGACACUAAAAAUUGUGUAUCAGGGCUUGGAAGUGGUGGAGUGUUUGGGUAUUAAUGGGUGAGAUGCCAUUUUAAAUGUGUGGACGGUUUAUCGGAACAAUCCGCCUGACUCUGCGGCAGCUCAGUGAACAGAAGCGGUUUCUUUUACAGUGGGAACAAACUUUAAAAAUGAAAAAAGAUAAAAAAUACUGCAGUGAUACUACAGUGUAGGCAUCAACCAAUCAGUCAGUUUUAUUUAAAGUGCAGCAUCACCACGCAGCAUGGUCCCAAUACACUUUACCAUGUGUGGAGCAUGCGUCCCAUCCUGCUGUCGAGGACCUGCAGAUUUUCCCCUCAGCUGUUGUUGGUUAACUCUCCUGUUUAAGUUAAAGUCCAGUAGUUGCUACUCUGUUUCUCCAAUGGGGUAAAGUAUAGAUGAGCGAACCAGUAGAACAUAUAAAUCUAUUUGGUCUCUUGCUAAAUAAUUUAUGGAAACUUCUGGCUUCUGGAAAAAGACUGAAAUGUUACGGUUUUCUUUUUUUGUUUUGUUUUUAUUUUAUUGAGGGAAAUUUUGCAUCUAAUUUCUAAACAGCUGUUGAGAGGUCGCCAUCUACACUCCGAGGUUAGAUAAACAUGUUAGUACUUAACUUUGAUCAAAUUAACCAAUUCCCUUGCAGACAAACAUCUAAAUCCUAAUCGAUGUCAAACGAUUGUGAAAGUCAGCAAAAACCUGGAGCUGCAAUAAGAUGAAAUAUAUAUAAAAAUAUAUAUGUUUAUAUAUAUUUAUAUAUAUAUAUGUGUGUGCACUCUUGGUGAUGUUUUCACUGGAUUUGUAAACUGCGGUCGAUGGGGCAUCCUCCAAUGAACUUUCCUUAUGAGCAGUUACAUUUUUGCGACGGUUGUUCGGGACCUUUUAGGACAGACGGCUUCCAGACAGACGGACGACUUUUACAAAGUGCAGUCUCUUUUGUUUUUGGGGUUUUUUUUUUGUUUGUUUUUUUGUUUUUUUGUUUUUUUUUCUCAAUCAAGGCAUGGCAAGGGCUACAUACUGAGACACAUACACGAACCAUGCUCCCUUUAUGCCAGCCCUCUGCUGAUGUAUUACUAACACCAGGGCUCUGUCUGAAAGCUCAUACUGCAUACUACUCAGGACAGUUUAAAGUUCGAAUUCAGAAGCAGUUGCAAAGUGAAGUAACAUUAACACUAUGUAGCAGGAAUACACUAAAGUCUAGUAAAUUAAGUUUCUACCCCCUCACAGUAGAUGGAGUGUGUUUCUACUGUGUAUCCGGUCAGUAGAGUGCAUUAUGAGCAUGUGUGGACAGAUCCAUGGACACAUUCUGCCAUUUGAUGUGGAAUGGUUGCUGUUUUCUUUCUAACCUCUUUUUUGUGGCUCUAAUUCCACCGUGUAACUUAAAUGACAUGAAUAAAAUAAACUUUAGGGCUGUGUCAGACCUGA